ACCCGCUCUAUCCGCAUACAUGUCUAGUAAGCCUUGUCCAGUCGUCGCAGCAUGGAUUCAUUCCACACAUAUUCAGUUCUUCCAUUGCGAUCUCUGCGCCCAUCAAGAGAUACAUAUGCCUUGACAUCAAUCGCUCAAUGAUCAUUGAGUCUUUCCUGACAGGAUCGAUACACGACGUCAGGCUUCACAUCAACAACCACACUCUAUCAUGACUUCAAAAAUCCUCCGAGCAGCAGCAUGUCACGUCUCUCCCGUCUUCCUCUCUGCCUCAAAGACGACCCAAAAAGCAAUCACACUCAUCUCACAAGCAAGCGCCAACAAAGCGAAUCUAGUAGUCUUUCCAGAAACCUACAUUUCCGCCUUUCCAAUCUGGAGUGCCAUACGAGCACCCACCGAAAACCAUGACCUCUUCAAGCGUAUGGUUCAAGAAUCCAUCUAUGCCGAUGGCCCAGAAAUCGAAACUCUACGAGCAACAGCUCAAAAACACAAGAUCAUGAUUAGCAUCGGCAUAUCAGAAAAAGCUCGCUGGAGCAGUGCAACACUUUGGAACUCCAACUUACUCAUCGGAAAUAAUGGAGAAAUACUAAACCACCACCGUAAACUCCAACCCACUUUUUUCGAAAAACUGACCUGGAGUGCUGGAGAUGGAAACGGCCUAAAAGUCUCAAAUACAGAAUACGGCAAAAUUGGAAACUUGAUAUGUGGAGAGAAUACGAAUCCAUUGGCGAGAUAUGCAUUAAUGGCUCAGGGCGAGCAAAUCCAUAUUUCCACUUGGCCUGCGGCAUGGCCGACUAGAGCGUUACGACCAGAUGUUGUGGCGCAAAAGGGAAAGAAUUAUGAUAAUCUGGCUGCUAAUAGGACGAGGGCUGCUGCUCAUUGCUUUGAAGCCAAAUGUUUUGGUAUCAUUAAUGCUGCGUUUUUGGAUGAUGCAGCUAUUGAUAUUGUAGCGAAGGGAGAGAGUGAUGAAGUUGGUGUCAGACAGACAUUGCAGCUAUCUCAGAGGGCGGCUACGAUGUUUUUGGACCCUACUGGAAUGUUGAAGGUUGGGUUUACUGUUGACGAGGCGGGUAAGCAGUCGGAGACGGAGUAUUUGCAGGAUAGAGAGGAUAUUUUGUAUGCUGAUUUGGAUGUGGAAGAGUGCGUGGAGGGAAAACAAUAUCACGAUGUUGUUGGAGGAUAUCAGAGACUUGACAUCUUUGAUCUAAGGGUCGAUCGGAGCAGAAGGGAGCCAGCGAAUUUUGUGGAUGGAGCACGAGAUGAAAAGGUCGAGUUUUGAGUAAGCAGACUCUGCGAGAUGAGAAAUAAUGGAAUAGGCUCAAGAAUGUGGCAGUAUUACCUCAGCCGAUUGCAAGCUACAAGUCAAGUAAGCGACCAUCUCUUGGUAUUGUGCACUAAUCGAUUUUGUAUGUACAU